AGUGGUCAAUUCUGCUUCACGCCUCAUCCUCGUAACGUUGUUAAAGCUCUUGAGCGGUGAACAAGAUACACCGUGAAAGAGUGUCUUCCUGGAGAAAUGGGAAUAAAGAUUCCCAGCGGAGAUUUUGAUUAGUUGUGAUAUUUUACUACUAACUUCACUAUAAUCUGAAUUACUUUAGCCUUUUACUGGCAUUCACCCCUCUAGUCAACAACAUAAAUAGUGUAGAAAUAGGGCGUUACCUGUCCCUAUAUCCGUGGAGAGUUGAAUAGCGGCGUACGUGUUUUUAUCUCGGAGCAAAUACCUUACAUCUAUCAGGCGAGAUGAAGCUGUUCUCUGGUGAUCACUGCGGGCAUCUUCGGUAUGCUCAGUUUUGUGUUCCAGGCGACAGCGAUUGGGAGCGACUACUGGUACAUUAUUAAAGUGAACAGAACCAACCAGACCAAUACAGAGGUUUUGGAUUCCAAUUCCAGACUAUGGUUAAUUUACGAAGGUCAAAAGGUGUUUCAAAUUUAACUCCUCCAGCUUCUCUGAACCUGCGAUGCGCAUGUUGAACAUGCACAGUGUGGGUGUGGUCUUGCUCCCUCUUAGCCUGGUCCUUCUACUGUUUGGAGGAAUCUGUGGCUUGAUCAGUUCCCUGCCCUGGGGCCCCGCCCUCCUCACUAGCACCGUCUCCUAUCUCUUCUUCUGCAGUGUCCUGACCCUCUCCGGUGUCAGCCUAUACAUCAGCAACUCCGAGCAGGCACUGGCAGAGACCGAGAGUCUGGUGGGGGCUGAGCGUCUGGCCCAGGUGGUCAGCACCUCAUUCGAGCUGGUCCCUGGGCCUGGCUGUCCUUCUGCCUGGAGGUCCUCACUGGCCUGCUGCUGGCUGCCCACCCCGCCCUCCAGAGCGGCUCACCGGGCCACGGCAUGCCCUCUGUCCUAACCCAAGAGCCAGGCCCUACAGAAGUGUCACAAGGACUGUACCUUCAAUUUUCAAAUUAUUUUUUUGUGCUCGUCUCUGGCACCACAAAUGAAUUUCCCUCUGGAGAAAUAAAGUUCUUUAUUACAUAUUUAUUCAUCCUAAAUGCAGUAUGUGGUUUAUAGUCUGUGGGUAAAACAGCUGUCAUUUAAUGCCAUCUUGUGGUCUGAUAAGUUACUACAUUUCAAUUGGCAAAGGCUCUCAAAUAUGAAAUUGCUUAUUGUGGUCCUAUAAUGUAGGAUGAGAAAUGAAACACCAUAAUUACUGGCCUCAACCACAUCAGUCUGAAUGGCUGUUAGCUGUCACGGGGUUGCAUUUUUCGAACAUUGGCAAGUGAAGGGCUAUACGAAUAGAUGUCCUCAAAGCAAAAGCCAUAGUAGAAAUGCCUAGAGCAGACUGAAGGUGCAUCUCAAUAGACUGAAGAGGCUCCCUGUCCUUCAUCUGCACUGAUCUGCACAUUGAAAGUAGCUGAGAGCAAUGAAGUGGACAUGUCAGUGGACGUUAGUGUUCACCUGAUGAUUGAAGAGGCAAGAACUAAAGACCCUUUAUGUUACUUUGUCACGGUCAGUUAUUACUGUGGAAACCACAACAUCCACCCGCAUAAGAGAAAAUAAAAAGACAAGGGCCUGGAUUCAAUCCAAUCAGCAGUACACUACCGUUCAA